UUUUUUUUUCUUCUCUUUUUUUUAACCAGGCCCCCUAUCUCGGAGAUAGUUAAGUUGGAGGUACUACAACAUUUGUUACAGUAAAACAUUCAAAUGUAGGCUGUGUCCAUCUGUUUGGGCAGCUUAUACUAUGUUUCCCCUGUUCAUUACAAUUAGUGCAUGCGCCCCCAAACGGCAGAGGUUUCUCUUCAUGCUGCCAAUCACAACCUUCCGCGUCGGUUCUAUUAUAAUAACUUGCUAUUGUUGUAUCCAAAUGAACGGCCAUGAUAUUGCAAUGGACAACCGUGCAACUCAUUUAGAAACAUGUAGCCUAAGUUCAGCGGUCCUGUUCCACGUUUGUUGGUUACACUGAACGCAGUGAUAAAAGCCUAACUUGCAACGAAUAACUGACAAAAAUUCGGGGGAAAUAACGGCACCUAGAAUGGAAUGGCAACUUGCUAAUCAUCCUAACGGGAACAGCUAAAGUGCAACAGCACUGCAGGGCAGGUCAAAGACAAGGCAACCGCUCUCUUACCGUAUCUGAAUACCAAUAGUGAAUAAGUGAACUUAUUACCUGUCCUGAAUGUAAAUAUACCAAAUAUUAUUUCCGUUCUGCCUCGAAUUGUCACGUUUAGAAAGCUGAACCCCGAACAAAAUAAUGUCUGUAACAUGUUAAAAAUAGCGCUAGUUUAACGCAUGCAUAUUUUGUACCUUUUUUUCUUGUUUCACAUUUCUAUACGCCGAACGUUAUCUUCAGCCAGUGUCACAUUUGAUUUAGAAGCAUUUCGUCGUUUUGAUUUACAACAGUGUCAGGGCGGAACUUGCAAAGCAAAGCGUCCUUUGCUUUUGUAGCUGCAGCUUGGGAGCCGUUCAUGGGUCCCUCUGCUAAACGAACUCAUGCUGCAGUGAAAAUCAUGCAGAUAAUUGUCGUCACAAAGCUGUUUUGUUGCCCCUGCUUUUGCUAUUUUUUUGCUUUUGCAUGUUAUUUCACACGAGCGGUGUACUUUCGCUAAAAACUGUGAAUGCAGCAACGAGAUAUAAACACAGAGAAGAAGAAGAAACCCAAGGUUUUGUGAUGAGUGUGUGAAAAAAAAAAAUCUGCCGGUCUCGUCUAUCUGCUCAGUUUUUCAUUCGGUCAUUCCAGAACCACGAGGAGCAGACAGCGACUACUCGCUCCAAGAGAGGAAAAUGUGAAUCUUGACGCCUGGAUUGUACUGCAUGUGGACGGUGGGGGGAAAGCCUGUAUCGUGUAAGAUAAAGGAAUUCGUACAACUACAGCAAAGCUGCUCAUUUCAGUUUGUGGUAUUUCAACAUUUUCGCCUCCUGCCCUUCGUUCGUGGAAGCUGUGGGAAGGAGUGAUUCAAGGAUUCUGUAAUUUCGCAAAUAUUUUAAAAACGAUUCUGAAUUAACAAUUUCAAGAAGUUGGAUUGAAUGGAUUGAUGAAGCUUGUGGGAGCUAUAUUUCAUUACCACCUGUUACGAGAAUACCAGCACGUGGAAACAUCACAGCCCGACUGGAGUUAUCCCUGACUGGCCACGUGGACAUUCCUUGUUGCAUUCCCUGGGUCACACCGAUCACCCCGCCCUGUGCGCUGAUUGAUCAAACAGACUGCUUUGCCCGCAGCCUGACAGGAUUGCUUUCAGACUAACUGGUCACACAGACGGACCCACCUACAGUCUGAUUGGCUGCACAGACGGUUAUCUGCCAGCCAUCUGCAGCCUGACUGGUGACACAGACAGCCCUGCCUCAAGCUAGACUGGUCAUGAAGACAGUCCUUCCCACAGCCUGAUUGGUCACACAGACUUCCCUGCCCACAGCCUGAUUGGUCAUUCUGAAAGUGUUCACUGCUGCCUGGAUUCAAAAACAAACCUCUUCAUUCCAUGGCUUGACCUUCUUACCAUGCAGUGUGCUGCUUCAGUGAGAAAGCUCACUGCCUUUGUGCGAAUCAGGAUGGUGCAGACCCAGUGAGCCCAGAAAUGCUGAAUACAGAACACUAAGGCCUGCUUUCCUCACUGUGCCAUAGCACAUGGAUUUCAAGACUUCCAGUGAGGAGAUAAAGACUGGGGUUUAUUUGCUGCAAGAUGGAAACCAGGAGCCUUUCAGUGUUCGACUGCACUUAGCUAAAGACAUUUUGACAAUUCAAGAGCAAGAUGUUAUCUGCGUGUCUGGCGAGCCAUUCUACUCAAGUGAAAGAACGGUGACAAUCAGGAGGCAGACAAUUGGAGGAUUCGGCUUAAGUAUUAAGGGUGGUGCAGAACACAAUAUCCCCGUUGUAAUAUCAAAAAUAUCUAAAGAGCAGAAAGCUGAGCUAUCUGGAUUGCUGUUUAUAGGAGAUGGAAUCCUCCAGAUAAACGGAAUAAACGUAAGAAGCUAUCGUCAUGAAGAAGUGGUGCAAGUAUUGAGAAACGCCGGAGAGGAAGUGACACUUACAGUCUCCUUCUUGAAAAAGACGCCAGCCUUUCUGAAAUUGCCUCUUUGUGAAGACUGCACAUGUGUACCGAGUGACCAGAGUAGUGGAACGUCAUCACCUCUGUGUGAUAGCGGCUUGCACUUGAACUAUCAUCCCAAUAAUACGGAUACACUAUCUUGCUCGUCCUGGCCCACGUCUCCAGGGUUACGAUGGGAGAAGAGAUGGGUUGACCUGCGCCUUAUUCCCCUGCUCCAUUCGCGUCUCUCGCAGUAUGUCCCAGGCUCAGAUGUCUGCAGGCAAAAUGCAUUUCAAGUGAUUGCCGUGGAUGGGGUUUGCAGUGGGGUAAUCCAGUGCCCUACUGCUGAAGACUGCUUAGACUGGCUUCAAGCUAUAGCAACUAAUAUAUCUGCUCUCACAAAGCACAAUGUGAAGAAGAUCAAUAGAAAUUUUCCAGUAAAUCAGCAGAUCAUCUACAUGGGUUGGGUAGAUGAGAAGGAACAGGACUCCGUACAGGACCGAAUGUAUACACCAAAGUUCCUUGCCUUGAGAGGGUCUUCACUCUUCAAAUUCUCUGCACCUCCUGUAACAACAUGGGACUGGACCAGGGCAGAAAAAAGCUACACUGUGUAUGAAAUCAUGUGCAAAAUUUUAAAGGACAGUGACCUUCUGGACCAGCGGAAACACUGCUUCAGCCUGCAGACGGAGAAUGGGGAGGACAUGUUUUUCAGCGUGGAGCUGGACAGCGAACUGAUGAUUUGGGAGAAGGCCUUCCAGAUGGCAACCUUUUUAGAAGUUGAGAGAAUACAGUGCAAAACAUAUGCUUGCAUAAUGGAAAGUCACCUUAUGGGACUCACAAUAGACUUUGGAAUGGGUUUUGUAUGCUUUGAUGCAGCAUCAAAGGCUGUUCUCUGGAGAUACAAAUUCUCCCAACUAAAAGGAUCCUCUGAUGAUGGGAAGAGCAAGAUCAAAUUUCUCUUCCAAAAUCAGGACACUAAACUCAUUGAAGCCAAGGAGCUGGAAUUUUCCAAUCUCUUUGCGGUGCUGCAUUGUAUCCAUUCCUUUUUUGCUGCCAAAGUUGCUUGUCUGGAUCCUCUGUUUGUGGGGAGUCAGGGCGCUGCAGCCACUGCUGUGGCCUCUGCAGCUUCCGCUGUUACUUGUACUGCGCCAAUGGGGAAGAUGAAAUUUUCCACCUGACAGCACCCAAGGACUGCACCCCUUCCCUUACCUGCUUUCUCCUUUGGGGACCUUUGCUCUCUCACAACACCUCCUCACUCCUCAUAUUGUGGCCAUUGGGAAAGGCAGGCUGGUCGCUCCAGGAUCAUCUCACCAUUUUGGGAAAAAUGAACCCUCACACUGACACAUUUGAUUUUUCUUAAAAAGAAACUGCAAACAGGAAAAUGGAGUAAUUUCAUAUACCACAGUUCUAGAGAGCUGCACCUGUAAAAUUUGAUGUUGUCAACUGGAAGCAUCAAGAAUCAGUUGAAGAUGGACUUUGCACUCAGGAUUCUGAGGCCUGUUAGAAAACCAUAUGAUCUGUUUUAAAUACCAUUGGAGUUAAUGAAUUAUAUAACAAAUUGGUUCCAUUCAGAGUGCUCCAAAACAGCAAUUUCAUAUUAUUUUAAGUAAAAUGUUUACACGUGUUCAGGUUGUAAGGAAACAGCAAAGAAAUGUAGUGAUGUCUCCUAUGACAUUGCAGGUGAUGCCACUGUUCAAGCCACUGCUUCCCUGUCUUAGUUUAUUUGACAUAUCAAAUGUGAUGUGCAAAAUAUCUCAACAUUUACUUCCUAUGAAUGUUGUUGUUUGCAUUCUUUCCAUGGCCAUUUUGAAAGUCCUUUCUUUAACAGUAUCUGACAAAUCACAGCACAGGGGAAUUUAUUAGCUCCAAAACUGCAAUUGUAAUUUUUUACAUUCCAUAGAUUGUAACCAAUGAAUAAAUAUUCAUUAUGAUGAAUAUGUUCUCCCCUAAAAACACACAGGUCAUUAAAAGCUGAAGCACUGUCAGGUGAGUAAAACAUUGAACCACAAAAUUGCAGUACUGAAGACCAAGUAAAAUUGGCUUAUGAAGAGAAAUAUCACAAAGCCAAGCAUGCUGUAGUAUAAAUUAAAUUGCAAGAUCAAAACUAGCUUUGUGAACACUCGUUGCAAG